AUGGAAUCACGGCGGUGGCAGCAGCGCGCGCGGGCGAACCGUGAAAGGAGGCGCCGAGGGGGGCAGCAGGGGGGGGGCGCGGCCGGCGGCGGAGAGGAAACAUCAGAAUCAUGGAGGGGCUCUUGCAUUACAUAAAUCCAGCGCAUGCCAUUUCACUUCUAAGCGCACUGAAUGAGGAGCGUCUAAAGGGACAGCUGUGUGAUGUUGUUCUUAUAGUAGGAGAUCAGAAAUUUCGAGCUCAUAAAAACGUUCUGGCUGCCAGCAGUGAGUACUUCCAGACUCUGUUCACAAAUAAGGAGAAUGAGUCUCAGUCGGUGUUUCAACUCGACUUCUGUGAGCCAGAUGCUUUUGAUAAUGUGUUAAACUACAUUUAUUCUUCAUCCUUGUUCAUUGAGAAAGGCAGUCUUGCAGCUGUGCAAGAACUGGGCUACAGUCUUGGAAUAUCCUUUCUUACAAACAUUGUUUCUAAGAGUCCUCAAGCUCCUUUUCCAGCUUGCCCUGUUAAGAAAAUACUGUAUCAAGAUGAAGACGAAAGUAGUUCUCAGAAGAGAAGUGUCAUUGUCUGUCAGAACAGAAUUGAAGCACAAGCGAAAAGUAUAAAUCAAACACAACAUGAUUUAAGCCAUACUUCUAAACCUUCACCCUCUGUUGCUGUCAAAACUAGCAGUAGGCCACAAGUAACAAAACCAACUGAAACCCUUCACAACUUAUCACUGACUGAAAGGAGAUGGCUGAAAGAAAGCCCUGUGAGCUAUACCAAGGUUCAUGAAACUUCUGGAACUGUGGAGGAUCAGAGCAGAGGUGGUUUAGUGAAAAGGAACACAGUACUGCCUCAAAUGCCUUUAGCAGAGAAAGAAAUUGCAAGCGAUGAACCAGGAAGCAGUGGUCAGCUUUUAAGAGGAAAGGCCACAGAGAUGUCAUUAAAAAGACCACGUCCACCAGUCUUAUCUCUGCGUGGCGCAUCAGAAUCUACAUUUUUGUUGCGAGAGGCAGGAAAGGGAAAUAGUCAAGGUGAAGACAGAAAUUUGCUAUACUACUCAAAGUUAGGGCUAGUAAUCCCAUCUAGUGGAUCUGGUCCAGAAAACCAAAGUAUUGACAGAAGUGGGCCACUUGUAAAAAGUCUCCUUCGAAGGUCACUGUCCAUGGACAGCCAGGUUCCUAUUUACUCACCUUCUGUUGAUCUAAAACCUUCACAGGUAUCAUCCUCCUCCUCACCGGGAACUAAUGAUUCCCAGAAGACUUUUAAUGUUGUAUCUCAAAAGUCAUCCUUGAAAGAGUCAUCAGAGAAGAUAGUCAUAGAUGAAAAACCACAGGUAAUACACCCACAUCGCCUUAGGUCUUUCAGUGCCUCUCAGUCAACUGAUAGGGAGGUUGCUUCCCCUCUCACAGAGGUGCGAAUAAAAACUGAACCUAGCAGUCCACUUUCAGAUCCUGCUGAAAUAAUAAGAGUUACAGUGGGUGAUGCUUCAGCAUCGACAAAUAAAGACUUUCCUUUUAAAACUGAGGAUGAUCAUAAGGAACCAAGUAGACUUCCAGCAAAAAGGAGAUUUCAAGCUGAUAGAAGACUACCAUUUAAGAAACUGAAGGCAGAUGAGCAGGGUUCUCCUGGGUCAGAAGAUAACUGUGAGGAAGGCUCAAGCCCUAUGCACCUUGAUACUGAUUUUCCUGAUUCUGAUGUCAGUAAAGAUGAAUACAGCGAGAUGGAAGAAGUAAGACCAAAUAAGAAAUUUAAAUGCAAGCACUGCCUUAAAAUUUUCAGAUCAACAGCAGGUCUUCAUCGUCAUGUUAACAUGUAUCAUAAUCCAGAGAAGCCCUAUGCUUGUGACAUAUGCCACAAGAGAUUCCACACAAAUUUCAAAGUGUGGACGCACUGCCAGACACAACAUGGAAUUGUGAAGAAUCCCUCACCAGCUUCCAGUUCGCAUGCUGUUUUGGAUGAAAAAUUCCAAAGAAAACUGAUCGAUAUAGUGAGAGAGAGAGAAAUUAAAAAAGCUCUAAUUGUUAAACUAAGACGUGGCAAGCAAGGUUUUCAGGGACAGUCUGCUUCACAAGCACAACAAGUCAUCAAAAGGAAUUUAAGAUCGAGAACCAAAGGAGCCUAUAUUUGUACCUACUGUGGGAAAGCUUAUCGUUUCCUCUCGCAAUUUAAACAGCACAUAAAAAUGCACCCAGGGGAGAAACCAGUUGGAGGGAAUAAGGCUCCUAAGCAGAAAGAUCAUAUUCAUAUUGAAACUCCAGUAGAAAACAAAGAGGUUUAUCAGUGCCGUCUCUGCAAUGCUAAGCUCUCUUCACUUAUUGAACAGGGAAAUCAUGAGCGACUCUGUAGAAAUGCUACUGUCUGUCCUUACUGCAGCCUUAGAUUUUCUUCUCCAGAGCUGACGCAUGAGCAUGAAAGCAAGUGUGAAUACAAGAAACUUACUUGUCUUGAGUGUAUGCGUAGCUUUAAAUCAUCCUUUAGUAUUUGGCGUCAUCAAGUUGAAGUUCACAAUCAAAACACAAUGGCUCCAUCAGAGAACUUUUCUUUACCUAUCCUGGAUCACAAUGGAGAAAUAACUAGUUCAUCAAGAUUGCCUCCUCAGUCAGAAUCCAAUAAAAUGAACAAUUUUGUUGCUGCAAAGGAAGAUGGUGUAUUCAGUGAUUCGUCAGAACAAAUAAAUUUUGAUUCUGAAGAUUCCUCAUGCCUACCUGAAGACUUAAGUGUUUCCAAGCAGUUUAAAAUUCAGAUCAAAGAAGAGCCUGCAGAUGAUAUAGAGGAUGAGGUCACUGAAAAGAGCAGGGAACCUAAGGAAGUAGUCUCCAACAAAGAUGCUGGUUUGUGGCCCUGUGAAAAGUGUGGAAAGAUUUUCACUGUACGCAAACAGCUGGAGCGUCACCAAGAGCUCUUAUGCUCUGUGAAGCCAUUUAUUUGUCAUGUGUGUAACAAGGCCUUCCGAACCAAUUUCCGGCUGUGGAGUCACUUCCAGUCUCAUAUGUCACAGGCUGCAGAGGAGUCCACAAAUAAGGAGCCUGAGAUAUGUCCACCAGCUAAUUCCCCAUCACCACCACCCUUACCUCCACCCCCACCCCUCCCCAAAAUCCAGCCUUUGGAGCCUGAUAGUCCGACAGGCUUGUCUGAAAGCUCCGCUACUACUGAAAAAUUAUUUGUACCACAGGAGUCAGAUACACUUUUCUAUCAUGCUCCACCACUCUCAGCUAUCACAUUCAAAAGACAAUACAUGUGUAAACUCUGUCACAGGACUUUCAAGACAGCUUUUAGUCUUUGGAGCCAUGAACAGACACACAAUUAGCUUUAACAGAUACCUUAAAAAGCUGGUUCAGUGGAGGCUGUGUUCAGGAUCUCAGAUGUAUACCGUAUAAACUAGAAAUCUAAGAGGAUCAAAACAAUGACAACGAUGAUGAAAAAUGUGGAAUUUGUGAUGCUGCUUGGAUUUGAAGAUUAAGGUAAACUAACUUGGUUAUUAGGUAGAAAGCAGAGGAAUUUAUAAUACUGUGGUCUGGGAUCUAAUAGUAACAGAAUAAUUUUAUUUCCUUUAACACUGAAAUAUGAUCACAUCUGGAUUGUAUGCAUGGAUCUUCAUCCUGUGAUGUUGGCGUGUGCGUGUGUAUUAUAUAAAAAGUUAUAUAUUAAAUGAAAGAGCAACAACAAUUUGGAUUCUAACUGUGAGUUUAUAGUAGUGAAAUACUGUAACCAACUUCAUUAGUUUUUUUUUAAAAGAAACCAACACACAAGCUCCAUAUAAAUAGUUGCCAUGCACUUGCAGUUAGGGAGGAAGUGGAUGGAGUGUCUUGCUGUAUUGACUUAGGUCUUAGAAACCUUUAGCAAUAACAAAUAAACCUCAAGUUUGAGUAAUCCUGAUGUUAUUGGAUACGAAUGUUUGGUAUUUUAAGACAACAUAGAAUUGUUUUGUUGUUAUAUGGAACUUGUGCAAAUUAAAAUAGACUCUAAAGUCAGCAAUAUUAUUACUAAGAUUUUAUAUAAAAAGUAGCAGCAAGCCUGCUUUCAGCCAUUUAAUUAUAAGUUUCUAAGGAAAAUUGGGGGAGGGGGUACUUUGCUUUAUAUAAUGUCCCAAAGACUAAUUUACUAUAGAUACUUCGGUAGCUAAAGUCGUUGUAUUAACAGCCAUCAUAAUGCAAAUGGUACUGUUUAUAAUAUGAACUAAGAUUGAAUGGAUGUCAGACAAGUUUCAUAAUUUUGUUCCACUAUUUGUACAACUGUUUGUAUUUCUAACUACAAAGGAAUGUAUAACUAUUAAAUCAAAAAAAGAGAGCUCCUUAAGGGACGGAAGAUGAGUUGUGUUCCUACACACAGUAAUAAGCUUGGCCAUGAGUACAAAGAUAUGUUUUAACAAAAACUAAAAAUGUAAAUAUUUAUAUAGACACCUGUAUAAAUGAAGAAGUAUGUAUUUGAAAUUUGUAUUAAGCAUACAUAUCCAGCUCAAAGCAGAGGAAAAAACAUCACACUACAAUCACUGCAUUUUAUGAAUACAAUGCAUAAGAGUAUUUCUUUCUGCUGCUUUCUAUCAUAUGUGAUACUGUGUUGCAAUUUUCUAAUUUGUUGAAAAUCGUGGUAAUAAUGGGCUGCAGAUAUUCUGUGUAGUUCCAUUAUUUUACCUCAAAUCACAACUGGAGCAUUUAGUGUAAGUAGGAUCAUAGAUAUUUACCAGAAGCUAUAGUACGGGUCCAAAAUUAUUCUGUAAGUAAAAGAAAUAUUAACCCAGAAGUAGGUGGAAAACUAACACUGAAAAAUUCUUCUGCUAGAAUUUAAACUUAAUGGAGUGGUGAUGGAUUAAAGUGAACAUAAAUGAUGCAAACAGUAUUUAUGAUCCUGACCAACUUUACCCCGUGCAGCUUGGGAGAGGGGGAUUGCAUUCCACACUACAUAGUCAGAGCCCAGUCUGUGUUCGCUGAAAGCAACAGGAGUUUGGUCACCAGUGUCAGGGGGAGCAGGAGCAAGGCUUUAAUUCUGUAUGUAACCGUGAAUUUUUUUUCAGCAUCCCAAACUCAAAAGUAAGAAGAAUUGCAAGCUGACACCGAGAUUUAGCAAAAUUAAGCACAAGUGUAACUCCUAAGAAUCUGAGGAUGGGCAUCCUUAGUUAGGCACACAUAGGAGUAGAUUUUUCUCAGUGAAAGCCCAAGUGUGCCACCAUUUUUUUCCAACAGAUAUAUUUUUUUAAUUAUUUUUCCUGUAAGUUAAGUUUAAAAGAAUUGGCUCAGGAUAGACCCCUGAUUUUAUCAUCUACCAAAAAAAAUUGCAAUGUUAGUUUCAAGCCUCUUCUGUUUAAUUUUUUAUUAAAAUCUAAAAUUGUUACUAAACACUUCUAAUAGUAAUGUGUUGUUCUUUUUUGUCCUCUUUCAGGCAAAUUGUAGCUGAAUAUGAUUGUGCUAAUUUGUUAGAAUAUCAGUUAAACUCUUUCGGUGCCAUUGCAAUAAAACAAGGUACUAGUUUAAUAGUGACAUUUCUAGUUACUGACUUUUUUACUCCACCUAAUAAGACUAAAUUUCUUUCUUAGCAGAAACAAUUUCAAAAUAAAAUGGUUAUUGCACUUAACCUGGUGUAACAAAAUCAGAAAAACAUAAAGCUUUGCUAAGUGUCCUUUAAAUGUGUUUAAGAAACCUGUGCAUAUAAAAUAUGAACAUGUUUUUGUAAAAAUGUUCCUAAGUUUUUGCCAAUGAUUCCUCUACACAACAGUCUGAAAGUUUAUAUAUAGCCUUUUAAAAAUCAGUGUGCUUUCUAAAGGAAGAUGGCAACUAGUUCAGCUAUGUCAUAGUCAUCUAACUUCCAACUGGGAUUCUGCUAUGUGAUAUGAUGAUAAAUUCCACACACUUUAAAUCAAAAGCUUGUGCAACAUCUUUGAAGAAACCUUGACCUUUUUCCUAGUAUACUAUGUAUUAUAAAAAAAAUCCAUAAAAUAUUUUUGGUCUAAAUAGCCUCCUUCUAAGCUUUUCUUUAGUUGUUUUGUUUGGGGGUUUGGUUUUGGUUUGGGUUUUUUUUUAAGUUUUGUUUUUAACUUUGAGCGUGUUUUGUGGUUUUUUUUAAUUUGGUUCCUAUUGUUUAGUAAAGGAAUUCAGGAUCUCUGAAGUUUAAAUAUGAGAUGUUUAUAUAGCAGUUCUGGUUUUCUAUUAGCUUUUAUACAGUAUCUUAAAAAGCCCUUGAUAGAAGUGUUUAUUUUGGAGGAUAUGGAAUAAAUAUGCUUCCACUUAUAUAACUUUAAUAUAUGUUUAAAAGUUAAAUUAUGGAAAAAAUGUUAGUUGCUUGUUUAUAAAUAAAGGUCUUUUCAAGAUUGUCUAGUUUGGCGACAGCCAAAAUAAAAGGCAAAUUUAUUGAUACAAAAGCCUGUCUUCAUCAUAUAUUGUUUAAUUUUGUAGCUGUGUACUAAAGUGACGCAAAGUUAGAGGUCUUGUUAAAUAUAAAAAGUGUUUUGCUUUUUUUCUUAAAAUUUGUGACAGGAAUGUGCAGAUGUUUUAAUAUAUAGAUUAGAAUCUUUAAUUCUUUUUUUUUCUAUUUUUAUAAUCUGUCAGAUAAAUCUCAGAGAACUAUGCUGCCUCAUUGGAAGUACAGUGGAAACUUCUUUUGCAUUUAAGAGGAGCAGGGUUGAGCCAUGAAAUGUAUUUUGUUUGGGGACUUUUUUCCUUUCAGGCACUGUAUUGGCAAAGCAUCUAAGCCUAUGGUUAAGUUCCAUUAAGAUCAGUCUUAAUUUUUUUUAAACGUGUGCUUAAGUUCGUUGCUAAAUUGGGACCAUGAUCAACCUUGAAAGUGAGCAAUGGCAGAAAAAUACAUACAGAUUUUUUUUAAGUCCUAGAACCAAAAGUUAAAAUGUAUUUUCCUCUACAUAAAAACUGCAUAUAAAACUAGGGUAUAGUUCUGUAGUUUUACAAAAACAAAGGACAUGAACUAGUAAUAAUGCUGUCUCUACUUUUUUUUUUUUUGGUAAGGGGGAGUGAAACACCCUGUGACAGUUAAUAGAGCAGAUAACCUGCUGAAACAGUGGGUGACACUAGAGUUUGUCUUGCAUAUUUCAGAAUGGAGAUGUACCCUUAUCCCUGAACCAAAACACAGCUGUAAGAGACUUGUUCCUGCAUUUCCUAUUUAAGCAGGCCUUCUAGUGACAUCCAGUAGGUUUUUUGUCUGAUGUUGUUUGUUUGUUUUCCCCCAAGUAGGACAUGCGGGUUUGGUCUGAAGCUACAUGUGCUCUGUUUUUGUUCCAAGCUUCCAGUGGUAAUAAAACUAGAAGUUCCUCACAUGGGAUAAAGACAGACUAUGCCUAACUUCUUGGCACUAACAGUGAGGGUGCAAGUAUCUGGCAUGAGCCUGUAAUCUGGCAUGUGCCUAUACUGUUCAAUAAAAUUGUUUACAUUUUCCUACCAGAAGAUUUAGAUAAAAAUCAAAGCAAGCUUAGGGGUUUGGUUUGGUUUUUUUUUUUUUUACUGUUGCUGUUAAUGAAUCAGUGUUAAAAUCUUUUUUUGUUGUUGUUGAACACAGCCUGAUAGUAUUUUUUAAUGUCAUUGAUUCUUGUUUAUUUAAAAUGACUUGUGAAAAACUGUACUAUAACUGUUGUACAUGAAGGGACACUAUCAAGAGAAGAGUUGUGUACAGUAAAUGUACUUACCUGUAUUAAGAAUACUUGAUAUUCAUAAAAUCAAAGAAUUUAAAAACAUGAAUUGAGUCAUAAUGCUUGAGCUGCUUGGGCAUGUUAAAGCCUAUUAAGGGCAUCCUCAAUUGUUGCAAGGAUGUCUGAAAAAUGUAUCUGAAUUCUGUGGGUUGAGCUUAUUUUUCAUGUUGCUUUUUCUCUCGCUAUUCCAGAAUAAAGGACUCAAUCCAUUUUUCCUUCUCCAGUUUCUCAGUGAUACACAUUACCUUUUAAAAACACAAGCUUCCCACUACUGCAGCAGCAUCUUUAAUUAAAUUAUGUACCUAAAACCAGAACAAACUAUAUUUUGCAAAAUACAUGCAAAAUACAUAUAAAGUACACAUUUUAAGGAUUAUUCUUGACAGUGUCCCUUUUUAAAAAGCAGGAAAAUGGGAACACUUUUAGUACUUGGGUACAGGGGAAUAGUUUCCUACAGUUUCUAGAAAUAGGAGUUAUCCAAUAUAUUUGCUAUAGAAUUUUCCAAUUAGUUACACAAAAUCACUUGUCAUUUUGAAGGAUUAUAGAGAUAAGACAAAAGAAGCUGGUUUUAUAAUCCUGUAUACCUUAUAGUCAUUCUAUAUCAGUUCAAUACGCCAGGAUGGGUUUUUACUUUUUUUAGGACUGAGACUUAAUAGCUUAGGGUAACUUUUUCUUUAAUGUAAUGUAAAUCCAUUGCUGCUUUGUACAACUUUUUCUACUGUGUGUUUUCUUUACUUAGAUCUUAACUAAGAAAUGUUGGCGUCUAAUAAACUUACACUUUGUUUCUUUUGAA